AUGUUUGAGCUGUUGCACUGUUUUGUUGAAACCACAUAUACUAUGAAUCCAAAUCAGGCAGGAGGCAGACCACUGCUCGAACGAGAUGGGACCAACUCGCCCCGCCCACUCAAUUAUGCUGAAGUAGGUGUAGGAACAGAACCGGAAAGAGUACCUAGCAGAUGCUCCUCUGUGGGCCAACGAACAGACGUUGAUAACGGCGCUGUGAACUACACCCUGAUUGAUGCUGAGAAGACUAGAGCCCUGCAAGCCGCCAACGGAGAACGGCGAAGGAAUCCUACAGGGCACUGA